UAUGUUUUAACAUAUAUGAGUAAUCUAUCAACGUACUAUCUCAUAUAUUAUUUUAAAAAACAAAUAAUUAUAACGUGUCUCUAAAUGUGUCUUGUCCUACUCUUCUAGAAAUGGGAUGUAUCGUCACGCCGUAUUGUGCGUCGGUGUUCAUGCUUCCUAGGAAGUGGGUAUCAUCAAAUAAUUAUUCAAUUAGAGGAUUAGUGGAAAAUGAAACUCAAAAUCAAUAAAGGUUUAUUUGAAUGGCUUGUAUGAUGUCUUUUGGCCUAUUGUUGCUCCUAGCACUUUCAUGAGGUUAAUGAACAAGGUCCUUCAUCCAUUUCAUUUACAAAUUUAUUGCUAUAUAUUUUGUUGACAUAUUAUUUAUAGUUUAUAGAAGUAUUUUGACGACAUAUUAGUUAUAGUUUAUAGCAAAACUACAAAAGAAAAUUUAGAACACCUAAAUUGCCUUUUGACAAUCUACCAAUUAUACAUCAACCCCAAAAAAUUCCUUAUUCUUAUCAGUGAAAUACUUUCUUGGUUUUAUCAUUGGGGAUUCGGGAAUUUAGGUUGACACUAGGAAGAUUCAAGCCAUUACUGAUUGCCCCCCACCAAAGUUUGUCAAGGACACCCAAACUUUUCUUAGUUUUGCUUCUUUUCAUAGAAAGUUAAAAUCUUUUAAUUCUGUUACUACACCCUCGACAAAUUGCUUCAGAUAAAGAAAUUUUGAAUGGGGUUCUGAUGAAAUAAAUAUUUUAUAUGCUGUUCAGAAUAAAUUAGCGAAUAGCCUACUUUUCUGUCUUUACACUUCCUUUUGUCCAGGGAUGCUUGUGGUGUAAUGUAAGAGUUGGGAUGUUUUGGCUCUAAACGACCAUCCUAUUCAAUAUUUUAGUGAGAAACUCAUGCUCUCUAACAGAGUUGGUGCAAGUGUGGUUUACAGGAUUAGGUUAGGUGCGGCUUGUGAUUCUGUACUUCUUAUCUGUUGGGGGAUAUUUUCUGUUGUUAUUUUUUCCAUAUUUUGUAUAACCUCAAUCUGCUCUGAAAUGCCUUAGCCUUAUCCUCCAUUUGGAAAAGUAAAAUCUCCAAGAACUUUUUGUCUUAUGUUUGACUUUGGAAAUUAAUACCCUGGACCAAAGACAAUUUCUUUUGUGCUUGUCCCGCAAUUUUCUCAUUCCCUGUGGAAUGCUUGAGUUUGUUCGGGUGGGUAAAGGCAGAGGUUGCAGCGCUAUCGAUUGUGGAGGUGCUUCCAGUGUUGUUAAGAUGCAGCCGAGCCUGAGGUCAUUUGGUUUGCCAUGGAUUCUAGCACCAGUGGUGGCAGUUAUCACACACAGCCCAAAUGGAGAAAAGUGGCCUAUGGAGGUAUGCAACCUGGGUUUGAUGACAACCACACCGACGAGUCUUUUCUUGAAGAUAUUGUCAUGAAUGCCAAUGUUGUCAAGAGAGAUAUCCUAAAGGUGAUGCUGGACUCUGUUUCCAUAUCCGAAUAUCUGUGCAUUGUCACCCUUGUUGGCUUGGUUUGGACAUACACACUUAGAUCAACUCUUGAUGAGAAUUCCCUCUUAUUUCUUGACAUUGGUCUUCUUGGUUCAGGAUUCUUAAUUCUUCUUUUCACUGAAGGCUCACUCUCAUUGAACCUUCUCUUACACUAUAUUCUUAAUAUAUCCUAUUUCACAACUGGGUUGUAUGUCUUGGCUCCCAUCUAUCAAACCCUAACUAGAUCCAUUAGCUCAGAUUCCAUAUGGGCAUUGGCAGUUUCACUUAUUAUCCUCCAUCUUUUCCUACAUGAUUACUCAGGUUCCACUGUUAGGGCUCCAGGGGAUGUUAAGAAUCCAAGCUUAACCAGUUGUAUUUCUUUAAAUGCUUCUAUUGUGGCCUCUGUUCUUAUUGCUUCACGCCUUCCAUCUCGGUCACAUGUGUUCGCCAUAAUGCUGUUCUCUUUGCAAGUUUUCCUUUUUGCUCCACUGGUGAUUUAUUCCAUUAAGAAGUAUUCUCUUCAUCUUCAUCUCUUAUUUUCUUUCUGUUUAGUAACAGUUACUUUGGUUUACGUUUAUUUCUUACACCAGUUAUUUUUUAUUUUGUUGGCGAGUCUAUUGAUUUUUGUAACCAUAGUUUGUCCUUAUUGGCUCAUACGAAUCCAGGAAUUUAAGUUUGAGAUUAACGGUCCCUGGGAUGAGGCCAAGCUUUGUUUUGAUAUUAGAGACUGAGAUUAUUUAUAGAAAUAUUAAAAAGGAAAAAAUAAGAAGUUGAGAAAGAUUAUUUCGACGAAA